UAUACUUCAACUUCUGAACCACAACCAUCUACUAACGACUUUUGGAUUACAAUGUACUACAACUUGUGAAGCACAACUAUCUACAAAUUAUUCUUUUCAAAGCAUAGGGAAACGUCGCCAGCUUCCUGAAUCCAGCACAAAAAUUAGAUACUUGCAGAAUGAAAUUUUCAGACUCCGGGGCAAAGGAAAAAACUUACAAGUUCGACUAGAAAAUGCAGAAAAACUUGCUGAUAUUUGUGAUUUUGAAAAGUUUGUUUUAAAUAUGACAGAACCUGCAAAACUUUUCACGAAAAUCCAAUACACCCAAACAAAAAAGAAAAGUAAAGGCAGGCGAUAUUCCCUCAGCGAAAAACUAUUGGCUUUGUCUCUGUAUAAAAGAAGUCCUAGAAGUUACAAACUUCUUUCAACAUACUUUACAUUACCUUCAAAGAAAUCACUAAAAAUAUUGCUGUCACGCAUAAGUAUAAAAUGUGGAAUUAAUAGAAUGGUUUUUGAUGAACUUAAAAAUACAGUAGCAAAUUUAAGUACUGAAGAGAGAUUAUGUACGCUCAUAUUUGAUUCAAUGGCAAUUCUCCCACAAAUUCAGUAUAAUGCUCAAAGAGAUGAUUUAAUUGGCUAUGAGUGUUAUGGAGACCAGAAGAAAAAUAAAAUUGCUGACCAUACCUUAGUAUUUAUGGUAAAAGGUGUUAAAGCAAAUUUUAAACAGCCUGUUGCUUACUAUUUUACACAUGCCAUGAAAACCAUUCAGUUAAAGGAGAUUGUUAAAGACGUUAUAACAAACAUUCAAAACACAGGGCUUGAAAUAAUUUCCACUGUUUGUGAUCAAAGUAUGUUGAAUGUUAGUACAAUAAAUUCCCUAGUACAAGAGACAAAAGCAGAUUUUUUGAGAAAAGGAAAAGAGUGGAAAAAACAAAUGUUUAUCAUAAAUCGCAAAGAAAUCCUACCCCUUUAUGAUGUUCCCCACUCGAUCAAGGGGAAAAUGAGAAAAAUGAAGGUAAAGCUAGCAGCUCUAAUAUUAAGUCAUAGCUUUGCAGUGGCCGCGGAACAUAUGUCAUCGAAAGGUGAUGCAUCAAGCGAAUGCAAGAAUAUAGUUUCAUUUGUGUUGAUGAUGGACAAAAUUUUUGAUUCUUUAAAUUCUUUGACUUUUGCUAUACCUAAUGGUGAAAUUAUAAAGGGGCAGUAA